AUGCCUACUCUCUCAGCCUCAAAUUUUAGUAGUUCCAAAUUUGUUCUCACUGGUUUUCCUGGCCUAGAAGGAUACUAUUUAUGGUUUUCCAUCCCUUUUUCACUCAUCUACGCCAUGGUGUUCCUGGGAAAUUGCAUGAUACUGCACGUCAUCCGAACUGAACCGAGCCUCCACGUGCCCAUGUUCUACUUCCUGGCUAUGCUGGCGGUCACUGAUCUGUCAAUGGGGCUGUCCACCGUGCACACAGUGCUGGGAGUGCUCUGGGAGUUCAUUCAAGAGAUCAGCCUGGAUUCCUGCAUUGCUCAGUCCUAUUUCAUUCAUGGUCUGUCUUUCAUGGAGUCUUCUGUUCUCCUAGCUAUGUCCUUUGAUCGCUAUGUUGCCAUUUGCAACCCUCUACGCUAUUCUUCCAUCCUAACAAAUGAAAAAAUCAUGAAAAUUGGUGUAAUGAUCUUAUGUAGGAGCUCUCUACUCAUUCCACCCGUCAUUAUCCGCCUGAAGUUUUUAACCUACUGCCGUCCUCAUAUCCUCUCUCAUGCCUUCUGCCUGCACCAAGACUUAAUCCGAACAUCCUGCUCAGACAUCCGCUUCAACAGCAUCUAUGCUUUGUUUUUGGUGAUCUGCACUCUGCUAUUGGAUGCAGUGCUCAUCCUGAUUUCCUACAUAAUGAUCUUGCACACAGUCUUAGCCAUUGCAUCCCGGGAGGAGAGACUCAAAUCCCUGCAAACCUGUGUGUCUCACCUCUGUGCGGUGCUAGUUUUCUACAUCCCCAUCAUUGGCCUGACCAUGGUGCACCGCUUUGGAAAGCACCUCUCCCCUCUGGUGCAAGUCCUCAUGGGCAACAUCUACAUCCUUUUCCCACCCUUGAUGAACCCCAUCAUUUAUAGCAUCAAGACCCAGCAGAUACGGAGUAGAAUCCAGAGGUUGGUCUUCUGGAAGGGAGCCUAA